AUGGCAGAGCAUGAUUACCAUGAAGACUAUGGGUUCAACAGUUUCAAUGACAGCAGCCAGGAGGAGCAUCAAGACUUCCUGCAGUUCAGCAAGGUCUUUCUGCCCUGCAUGUACCUGGUGGUGUUUGUCUGUGGUCUGGUGGGGAACUCUCUGGUGCUGGUCAUAUCCAUCUUCUACCAUAAGUUGCAGAGCCUGACGGAUGUGUUCCUGGUGAACCUACCCCUGGCUGACCUGGUGUUUGUCUGCACUCUGCCCUUCUGGGCCUAUGCAGGCAUCCAUGAAUGGGUGUUUGGCCAGGUCAUGUGCAAGAGCCUACUGGGCAUCUACACUAUUAACUUCUACACGUCCAUGCUCAUCCUCACCUGCAUCACUGUGGAUCGUUUCAUUGUAGUGGUUAAGGCCACCAAGGCCUACAACCAGCAAGCCAAGAGGAUGACCUGGGGCAAGGUCACCAGCUUGCUCAUCUGGGUGAUAUCCCUGCUGGUUUCCUUGCCCCAAAUUAUCUAUGGCAAUGUCUUUAAUCUCGACAAGCUCAUAUGUGGUUACCAUGACGAGGCAAUUUCCACUGUGGUUCUUGCCACCCAGAUGACACUGGGGUUCUUCUUGCCACUGCUCACCAUGAUUGUCUGCUAUUCAGUCAUAAUCAAAACACUGCUUCAUGCUGGAGGCUUCCAGAAGCACAGAUCUCUAAAGAUCAUCUUCCUGGUGAUGGCUGUGUUCCUGCUGACCCAGAUGCCCUUCAACCUCAUGAAGCUCAUCCGCAGCACACACUGGGAAUACUAUGCCAUGACCAGCUUUCACUACACCAUCAUGGUGACAGAGGCCAUCGCAUACCUGAGGGCCUGCCUUAACCCUGUGCUCUAUGCCUUUGUCAGCCUGAAGUUUCGAAAGAACUUCUGGAAACUUGUGAAGGACAUUGGUUGCCUCCCUUACCUUGGGGUCUCACAUCAAUGGAAAUCUUCUGAGGACAAUUCCAAGACUUUUUCUGCCUCCCACAAUGUGGAGGCCACCAGCAUGUUCCAGUUAUAG